GAACCCCUCCCUGACUUUGUCUGUCAGGACCCCCUCCCAAAAUCCCCUCGACUUCGUCGCUCUUGCCGCUCCUCCUCCUUGAUGGCGUCGUCGUCGUCUUCUUCCCGGAGGCAGCCACUUCCCUCAUCCAGCACCGCCGGUUCGUCCAUGUCGGGCGAGGGAGGGGUAACCACGGGGGAUGAUAUGCUGGACGCCCUCAUCGAGGUGUUCCCGCAGUUGGAUUUCUUAACACUGGUAGAAGUUUGCAUGGAAUAUAAGGAUACUAUAGAUGGCGCUGCAGAUUAUAUUAUCCAUACUGUCCUUCCGAGUAUACAGGAUGACAAUAAUGCAAAUGCAAACGAUGAUUCACAUAUGAAAGGGCCUAGUUCAGUGGAUAAUGAUGCAAAUUCAGUGCAGUCUGACACAUAUGAGGAGAAGGAUAGCCUUAUGAGUGGAAAUUCUAAUUGUUUGGUUGCUGGUUCUCCGAAUUUGAAACCUGAAGCUUCGUCUUUUGAAGAUGAUUUGGAAAUCCAAGACGAUGGUGAGUUAGCCGAGGAGGAUAGCCUUAUGAGAGAAAAUAAGGAUAAUCAUAUGGGAGAAAAUUCUGAUUGUUUGGUUGCUGGUUCUCUAAAUCCGAAACCUGAAACUUCAGCUUUUGAGGAUGAUUUGGCAGCACAGUCAGUCUACCCUAUCAGACUUGAGUCACUUGACAAUGCAAUUGUUAACGAAAAAGACAAGAAGGUUAUUUUAAUGUCAAAUGUAACAGCGAUAAAUCAAAUGCUAGAAGACAUAAAGUUCAAAGAAGAAAAAGCAAAACAAGCUAUGGUAGAUUCAACUAAAGCUGGCAAUGAUAUUCUUGUGAAGGUGGAGGACUUGAAAGAGAUGACAAUGCUUGCCAUGGAAGAUAACAACAAAGUUGAAGGGGAGGUUUUCGCUGAGCAAUCUGUUCUAGCAUCAGAAGCACAUGGGCUUCAAGCUCGGUUGUCUAACAUUUCCGAGGAAAGUAAUAACUAUUUCUUAAUUAUAGACGAGAUGCACAAUACUCUUCAAGGAAGACUUGCUGCAGCCGAAUUAGAGACUGUACUAUCCAAGCAAGCGAAGAUUGACAGGGAAUCAUUGGCUAUGAAAAUGCUGAAUGAACAAGAACUCUUAGUUGAUGCUACAAAGGAAAGAUCCAAGAAGCUGGAAGAACAAGUGCAGGAGAACACUAAGUUGAAGGAGCUACUGAUGGACCGAGGCCAAGUUGUGGAUGCAUUGCAGGGGGAAAUGCUUGGAAUUUUCGACAAAAUUUCACAGCUUCAACUCAGGGUGCAAGGAUCAUCGAGCAGGUCCUGCUCAUCCAACCCAGCUGAUAACAUUGCACAACCCCAAUGUGAAGUUGAUGAGGGACAAAAUUCUGCUGAUGAGUUGCUACAGAUAGCUUCACCAAGCUCAUUUAGAUCAACGGAUAGCACUGCGCAAGCACUUGACCAUGAGGCACAACUUCCUCCUGUUGAUGAACCGUUGCUGCUCCCUGCUGACGAGAGUGAGCCACUCCAACAACAUUACCCAGAUGACGAUGAUGAUGAGCCACAAGUUCCUCUUGAUGUGCCACUACAACUAGGUUCAUCCAGCUCGCUGAAAUCAUCAGACAGCAGCAUUGCUGAGCUUCUGGGAAGAAGGGUACUUGACGUGCAUUUAGCUGUGGGUUCAGCACAGCUAGCUUCAUCCGGCUUAGUGAAAUCAUCAGACAAUAUUGCACCCUUCCGGUACCGUACAAGUGUUGAUGUUGAUGACUCGCCACAACUUCCUUCGUAUUGCUUGGCCAGCUCGGAGAAACUUACUGCUUCCAAGAGUAGUUGGUCAUCUGCUGUCAGGUCAAAUUCAGUUAUCAGUGCCAACGACGAGACCGAUGAUGAUAGCUGGGAUGUGGUUGACGAUGAAGCCAUGUAUAUGUGUGCCAACUAGCUAUCCAUAUGAACACUAUAUAUGCUUCUUUACUUCAUUGAGCCAUGGCCUUCUGGUUAGAAGGAAAACUGUAUCUGGGAAUUUGCAAAUUUGCUUAUCUGGAGUUAUAAUAGCAGUUUUGAAUAAGUACUUGUCUCGUCUAAAUGGUUGGUGUGCACCAUCUUAUCUUUUUUUUUCCUGCUACUCCUGAAAAUAUUUUGCACCCCUAUUUUUUCGU